GUUAAUAUGCCUCAAGGAAUGUUUUAGAGUUUCUUAUAAAAUGAAAAAUUGGUCUUAAAGGUCCUGUUCUUCCUGUGCUUUUGAAGUUUUGAUUGUGUUUACAAUGUGCAAUAUAACACGUGUUCACAUUUCACAUGUAAAAAAACGCAGUAUUUUUCACACAAUUUACUUAUCUGUAUACCUCCGUUUUCACUGUCCUAAAAACGGGCUGAUGUCUUCCUUGUUCGGUGAAGUCCCUCUUUCAGAAAUACGUAACGAGUUCUGAUUGUGUAGUUUGUUUAGGGUGUUGUGAUUCAACAGCAGUAUAGUCGUUUGAGCCAAAGCUGGCGAGUGAUGUAUUCCCCUGUGUGUGGGGUUUAGUCAAAAACUGUUUUAUUGACAUCAUUCAACCGGGAAGUAAAGGGGUGUAGUCCACACCGGCCAUUCGCUGUAGGCUUUGAAAGGGGAAUUCUGUUAAAGAAAAUAAAUCACCUGGCAGUGAACUUUAAGCUUUAUCAUUUUGAAGGUAUUUUAAUGCUCUAACAGCAACAUUACACACUAACUAAAAUGAGAUCAGGAAGAAUGUGACCUUUAAAGGUUGAAGAGGAAAUUUAAUUGGAGCCAUAAAAAUGCAAACAGAUGACUCUGUCAAUUUCUCUCCCAUUAAUCCAUCCACUUACUGUAAAACAAGGCAUCUUUUUGUCCUCAACUUCAUCAGACUCACAUGAUUCAAAGAGGAGGGGUAAAAGGAUAAAGGAAAGUACAGACGUGAAGCUAAGAAAAAGUGAAGUGUAAUACAGAAACAGUAAUUCAAAGUUCAGAUUCUCCAUUACUAGCAAUAUUACAAUUUGAAAUACUCAAGAUUCAGCAUCAAAUCUACACUUUAAACAAGAGGUUAUAAAACUACAGUCCAGGAUUUGGAACUGGAAGAAAAUCAGAUCAUGGAAAAUGGUAAAAUACAAGGUACAGGUGAUGGCAUGGAUGCAAUGGACUGUUCUCAGUUUCAGUCAAUGUGUUCGGAGCUGAAGUUAGGUUUUGGUAGGGUGGCCGAAGAUGUUGCCACCCUACGGCAAACCUACAGUCAACUGGAAGAGACAGUCUCCACCUAUCAACAGGAAACUAGUGACAAGAUCCUGUCUCUCAGAAACACGCUUAACACCUUACAGGAGGAUAUAGGCACUGCUCUAGCACAACUAUGUGAGAUGAAAAGCAACCAAAAAGACCUACAGAGAGACCUUGACCGCAUACAGAUCACACAUCACAGGAAAGGAUCAAGGGGGGAGGGCUCGGUGGAAGGCAACGGCUCCAUUUCCAGCCCAACAGACCUUAGUCACAUUCAGCAUUACAUCAGCAGCCUGUCAGCCAAUCAGAACAUUCAUCCUGAACAUGACAAUACUGGCCAAAAGAAGCUCCCAGUGUGGAGAGAAAGAAAAAGCAGCAAAGAUUUGACCGAGCAGAACAAUUCAAGUUUAACUCAGAGGCAGGCAGCAGCGCUGGAGUUGUUAGAGUCUGAGAGACUCUAUGUGUCGUAUUUGUCACUCCUUCUAAAGGCCAACAUCUCUUAUAAUGGCUCAGAGAGCAUCAACCUCAAAGAAAUACAGCCUUUCCCCUCCACUCUGCGUUUCUUAAUUCAGCAGCACCUGGAACUCUUGCACCUCCUCCAAGAGAGAGUUCUGAAGAGCCAUUUGCAGGGCAUCAUGGGUGAUGUUUUCCUAAGGCUCACCAGCAAAAAUAGUGACUUUCUGGACCACUAUUUAUCUUAUUUGAGGGAACUACCAGAGUGUUUGAAUGUUAUCAGUUUAUUCUCCUCUUCAAAAGCAGGUUUACUGGAGAGUGACAUUACAGGAGAUGAGACAUGCCAGUCACUGUACUCUCUGCUUCUAAAGCCUGUCCAGCGCAUCCCAGAAUACCAUACAUUCCUACAAAGUUUGUUGCAACAGACCGAAUCAGAGCAUCCAGAUUAUUACCUUUUACUGGUGUGUGUACAACAACUCAGAUCUUUCACGACACAUUACAGCCAACUGAUACAACACAACCAGGAACUCCUCACACACAAUCACACUGUGCGAGAACAAACACACAACCCAUGUACAAAUCAGCAGGAUUGGCCCUCACAAAGCCGAAAAGAGCUGAGCAGGUCUACAGGAAGACAGCUGUAUAAACUGGACUAUGAGAGCUCACAAAAUUAUAGUGAUCCAUCUCAAGGGUCGUGUCGUAACAAGCGCUACCCUGACUAUGAAGCAGCACCCUACCACUAUGAUCCAGAAAUCUCCUCCCCUGUAUCCCUCCUGACUGAUUCGGACUAUCGCCACAAGGCAGUACCAGUUCCCCUGCACAGCAUUCCAGAAUUAGACAGAGCCGGAUCGACCCUUGCUGAUGCUUUGGGUGCACUCCUGCCAUACAGAGGCGGAGACACUCCCUGCUCAAGUCCGUCCCAUUCCUCGGACUCCAGUAUUGAUAUCGCCUUUGUGCGCUGUAGUCCUUCCCACAGUCCACCUGACCUGUCCCAGAGUAGGGGGCGGAGUAGUGGGGGCAUGAUAUAUAGGUCCAACAGAGGCGGUGUGUUACUUGACUCGGCAGACAUUAUGAAGCCACGUCCUCUACAGGCAGUGCAAAGAAAGAGCAAAUCACUAAAUGGCCUGCAGAUGGACAGAAUUGAUAGCCACGCCCAGCAGAUGAGAAUUCCAACCCACCCAAAGCUUGAGCGCCAGUCAAGUGCCAAAACAAUAUUAAGACCAGGCAGUCCAAAACACAGAUACCAAAUACAACUUGAAUCAGAGGAACAACCACGGCCGAUACAUCAAAAGGAUUCCAGAAGCCUAGUGUGGGAGGACCUUAAAUUGAAGGGUGUGUCUGAUGACUGUGACCACACACCCCUAAGUGAAAAUAGUAGGAAAGAGACUAAAGGAUUUAGGAACUCCUUUAAAAAGCUCUUUAAGAAAAAGUCUAGUGAUGGAAAAGAGAAGACAUUGAAAACUGAGUGCACAAGCAGCGGAAACAUGGAGUCAAACAGAGUCACUCAAACAAGAGAGAUUGACAGGGGAACUGCUGUUUAAACCCAAACACUGGAAGAGGAGUAAUUAUAAAACACACACUGGUUAAUGGAUCCUAAAUUACAAAAAAAAUCUUACAUGAUAAAUCAAUAUACAUUACACAUUUUGGGGGGAUAAAACUACAAAAUAAAAACUAUAGGGUUAAUGACUUAUUGUUUAAAACACUUCUAAUAAUAUAAACUAUGUUGUAUAUUGUCUAUACACAAAAAUAUUUACAUUGUGUAAAUAAAAACUUAUAAAUGUGUAAUAUAAAUGCUAAUUUGUUUUUGUUUA